AUGCUUGAUGACAAUGAAAAAAAACCCAAUUAUGUUGAAGCUGAAAAUAAUGAAUCUGAUAAAUCCUCAUCUCUGCCAGAUAAUUUACAACAGUAUAUGGAAAUUAAUGAGAACACAGAAACAAAAUUCGUCUUAAGAAAAGUAAAAAAUGGCGCAGUAUUAGUUUCUGCUCAUGAGAAUGCAGAAUCCGUAUCAGAUAAAAGCGAUGCUGAAUUAAACCUGAGCGAUGAUUCCAUAGCCGAUCCUAACUUUUCUUUUGCCAAGUCAACCUCAAGUGAUUGGUCAUCAUCAGAUUCUGAACAAAAUAGGUCACUCAUUAUAUCUGCUGAAAGUUCGCCUCCUAAACGUGGUAAAAAGAGAGCAAUUAGAAUCCCAGAAAGAAAAAAAGAGACAGCAAAGCGACUCAGAAAUAUGGGAAUGGAAUACCAAUCCGUUUCCAAGUCGUCGAAAAUAUUCAAAGCCAGGGAAAUUCUAGAACCAUAUACAGACAAAUGCAAACUUUCAUGCUCAACCAAGAUUUCAGAAGAUCAAAGGAAAAAUAUUUUCAACAAGUACUGGCCACUUGGCAACUUAGAACUGCAACGGUCUUUUAUUGCUGGGAACACACGCACAGAAAAUCACAGGAAAUUGAACAACGCGUUCUACUUGAAGAUAGAGUCGAAGAAGGUGAGAGUUUACGAACUAUUUUUUAAAAAUACGUUGGGAAUCAAUGACAGACCCAUAACAACAGUUCUGCAAAAAAAGAAAAAUGGAUUUCUUGAAUCAGAGAAGAGAGGAAAACACACUAAUCAUUUCACAGUAGAACCUGUCAUAAAAAAAUCAGUAAGGAACCACAUCAACUCCAUACCGCGUAUGGAAAGCCAUUACCUUCUUGAUAAUACUUCCAGAGAGUACAUAGAUGGUGGUAAAAGUUUAGCUGACUUACAUAGAGAUGAUGUAAAAGAACAGGCCGAAAAAGUAACCAGCUGCAAAUCUUAUGAUGUACUUACGUAUUUUUAA